AUGACCGUCCUACAUGAUUCGAAGCCCUCAAGCCACUUGGGUCAAUUCAAAACUACAGAGCAUCUUCGGGCACUGUUCUUUUGCCCAAAGAUGGACAAUGAUAUGGGAGAAUACAUAUGGAGUUGCGAUACAUGUCAAAGCAAUAAAAGCUCCAGUCAUGAAAAGUACAGGAUGCUACCACAUUUAGAGGUCCCCAAUACUCCUUGCAGCUCCAUUUCUAUGGACUUUUUCGUUAGUUUGCCAGAAUCUGAAGCCUAUACCCGUAUCGCGUUUAUUUUUGGACGCUUUACAAAAAUUACCUACUUCAUACUGCUCAAGACCGAGGCAACAAUCAAGGAACUUUCGCAUAUAUUCCUUCAAGACAUAUGGCGACUACAUGGACUAUCCGAAGUAAUCAUUUCUGAUCGGGACUUCAGAUUCGAAAGCAAGUUCUGGCAUUCAUUGAUCAAGCUUCUCGGAGUCAACCUUUGUCUGUCUAAGGCAUAUCGUCCUCAAGCUGACAGGGUUACUGCCGCUUGCACAUUCUACGCGAACUAUGGGUUCGAGCCUGAUUCCGAUUGGCAUUCGCGCAGAAGGAAGCUGGAUAAUGCCAAUGUUUCCAGCGCCUUACUAAAGUUCAAGUGGAAAGCUCUUUGGAAAACUAUGAGGACUGAUAUUUUUAAGGCACAGGCCCGGCAGAAGAAAUGGUAUGACCAGAAGCAUAUGAAUGCUCCAGAACCUUAA